AACGUUGUUUGACAUACCCAUCGUUGUAGGCUUCGCCUCUGGCCGUUUCUUUUUUAAAAGGCAAGCUCAAAGCCACAGAUUAUACAUUUCGCUCCCAAACCGUGCUGGUAAAAUAACCUACGGAGAGAGCAAACAGCGGGAAUCAGGCUUUUCAGCUCUCAUUUGGAGACGAACAGCUUGCGCGUAAACGGCACCGGGCAUCACUGAACGGAGAGAUCCGAGGCGUCGGGAUAUUUUUGUUUCUUUUUUAAUUUAUUUGUGACUGCGGGUUUGAAGGACAGCGCAAGGGGAGCAGAGUGACUGUGCCUUUGUGGAUUGCGAGCGUAGGUGACAUUCGGGACUUGAGCGCGCAAGGCACCUGUGGAUGAAACACCCCCUCUGGUGUUUUGACUCAAAUCGUUCGCAAAGAAAGGAUUCACCUCAAGAUAUAAUUGCUAAUCGUUGCGGUUUCGAUCAAACAGCCUGCAGUUUAGACAAGAAGCGCGCCAUGCUGUUGAGUGUUUCCUUCCUGGUGCUUCCCCUGCUGCUGAGCAUAACCGGCUGCGGCUCGUCGUACGUGCCGUGCCAGCCGUGCGAUGAGAAGGCCCUGUCCAUGUGUCCGCCGGUGCCGGUGGGUUGUCAGCUGGUGAAGGAGCCCGGCUGCGGCUGCUGCCUGACGUGCGCGCUCGAAGACGGCCAGCCGUGCGGCGUGUACACCGGGCCGUGCACGCGCGGGCUUCGCUGCCUGCCCAAGAAUAGCGAGGAGAAGCCGCUGCACGCGCUCCUGCACGGCCGGGGGGUGUGCAGGAACGAGAAGUUGUACAAACUGCUGUAUUCGUCCAAAGACGGAGAAUCUCAUGAUGGCGCCAUGUUACGCAUCCCAGAGUCAAUGCUGCCCCAAACCAAGGUGCCCAUAUACGGAGGAGAACACAUCAGCAGUCUCAAGGCCCAGGCCAUGAAGCAGGCCAAGGACCGCAAGAAGCAGUUGGCCAGGCCGGGACACGCAAGCAAUCUGAACUUUCCCCCGCUCAGCCUGGAUAAACUGGAGCCUGAGUUUGGCCCCUGCAGAAGAAAACUGGAUGAUCUCAUUCAAAGCAUGAAGGACACUUCUAGGGUCUUUGCUCUCUCUCUGUACAUCCCCAACUGUGACAAGAAGGGCUUCUUCAAACGCAAACAGUGUAAGCCAUCCCGUGGUCGGAGGAGGGGGAUCUGCUGGUGCGUCGACCGGUUUGGCGCAGCAAUCCCCGGCAGCAACUAUGCCGGAGGAAACCUGCAGUGCAAAGAUUUCGACAGCAGCAGCAACAGCAACGAAUGAGAGUGUACUCGUUGAGCCCUGCUUCUCUUAAAAACCUGCCAAUCAAGCUAGCACACUUCACGACUGCCAAUCAGGAAAAUAUGGCACAAAUACUUAUAUAUAUGGUCGAGUGUGAUGGACUGUUUUUUUUUUUUUUCUUUCAAAAGGGAGCUGUACUGAAGAGCUUGCGUAAGUGAAAAUCUUCAAAUGUAACUGUGGCUCCCUGCUGACCGUGUACUAUGUUUGAGGUUAGCUAACACCUUACCUCUUUAUACCCAUAUAUAAUAGAGGAUUAUAUAUAUAUACAGUAUAUAUAUAUGUAUGAUAUUGAUAAUAUGUUGUGUAUUGAAGUGUAUUGCUAAAUUUCUUUUGCGAAAUUCUGAGACAAGACAUAUUUUCAAUGUGGCUAAAAAACAUCAACAUUUGUUUUCAUUUUUGUCAUAGUGGUGAUCAAGGAGACACCAUUGAAGAGUGAGUCAGUUCUCGUCUCAAGUAGCAAUGUUUUGCUAAUUGUUAAUCAUAGGAAUGACAUUCUGAUGUAAAAGGUAUUUUUUUAUGUAUCAAAUAAUGGCCAUUUAAUCCAGCCCGCGACCUACUGUCACUGAACACUUUCCCAAAUUAAGGCUACUUUGGCAAGCAGGAAAAGGGGGGAAGGUUCUGCAGGAUUCCUGUAGGAGGCUGGGUAUAUCAUUUUGUCAUCAGAUUGGAGAAACCAACCCAUCAGUGGGCAGGAGAUAGACAGAGUCAGCUGGCAGCCAUUUCAUAUGCCAUAGCCAUGUCAGCAUGAUAGCUAUCAUUGUUUGUUCAGCAUAGAUUCACAAAAUCAUUGGCCUGUUUUCACUAAUUGGAGCCAAAUCUAUAGACCUAGAGUUAAAAGAAGCCUACACACUUAAAGGAAUAGUUUGGCAAUUUAGGAGUGUAGGAAUGUUAGUUAGUUUAAUCCGUCAAAAAGACUUAAAAACAUCAGUUUGCCUUUUUAUGUGGGUUUUGUGUGCUGGACUAUUUCUUGGCUUUGACCUUUUUAACUUAAUUAACUUUUUUGAGUCUUUUUGGCUGGUUGCCUGGCAAACGCUGAGAGCCAAGAAAUGAAAACCUAUGCUCAAAACUCAAGGAAAUUCAUUCAAAGUAUGCUAUGUUUUUGCCAGUUAGAGAUGAUUAUUUUCUACAUCACAAUGGGACGACAUUCGAUCACCCAGCAGCACUCAUAAACAAACUUGUACUGUAAAAGGUUAGUUAUUUGACACUCUGUCUCCUUUUUAAAGGCCUUUUUCAAGUCUAGACAAAUGAGUCCACUGUUUGUAAAUGUAUGUACAGUGUGUGUGUGUGUGUGUGUGUGUGUGUGUGUGUGUGUGUGUGUGUGUGUGUGUGUGGUAAUGCUCCUGAGUGUGUCUGUAUGUAUGUGUACUGUACUGUACUGUACUGUUUGUGCCAUGCCCUUAUACGUAGUUCUCGACUACAAGAAGCUCUGGUUUAAAUUCUCACAAGCCUCGAGCUACUGUCCGACAAAUGUGGUGCUGUGCAUUUCCCUUCGCAGACAAAUAGUAUGCAAAGGCCCCGCAGUGUUUAUGUUUCCAUGUGUAGGGUCUUUACUGCCGCCAAACAGGCAAAUCUGUCGAUGACUUGCUCUCAGGGUUUACUGGGUCCUUUAUCCUGCAAAGAGCAAGGUCGCUGAGUUUCUAUGUAAAUUCAAGUGCCUUCUGCCCCACACCACUUUGAAUUUUCAUUUGCAUGUGGACCCAUUGUGUGGUUGAAUGAGGGACACUCGAGCACAAAGGAGGAAAACAAUUUUGGUUGUGGAUGUAGUCCGAUUGUUUUGUCUGAUUUAUUUUUUUCCGUUGGUUGCUGACAAAGAUUAUCAUGAUCUCCCAGGCAAGCACUGCUGAACGUACAAUGACAGAGAACUUUUGUUCUAUAGUUCAAAAUUUGCUUAAGAUCCUUUUUUUGUUUUUGUUAUAAUCUUAUAGUUCAUUUAAUGACUUUGUAAUGUCAGACAUUUUUAAUUAGAGCACUGACAGAGGCUCAUCAGCCAAUUCUUCCCGGUGAAACACCUCUCUCAUGGUUUUGAUUCUAGCACACAUGUAAACACAACAACACGGUGACACUUUAAAACAUUUCAGAAUCUCAGUUAAAAAAAAAAAGAUUAAUGUGAACAUUAUGGUGAAAUAUUUAUCAGGUGUGUAAUUGAUGUACUCGACUUAUUUUGUAAUGGCAAAUCACUAUUUAAAUAAAGUGCAUGUACUCACAAAAAACCAUAUAUGCACAUUUGUCUUCAA